UGCCCCAGCUCGCUGGCCACCUGUCGAAUACUGACCUUGAACUUCAGAGCUCAAUGUGUUGAGGUCUGGGCUACCUAUAAGACAGUCCCUUGCUCCAAAAUGAAGACCAGGUAUAACACCUGUGAGUCACAGUUGCAAGGCAAGCUGCACUUCUGUCUCCUUCCUGGUCUCUUUCAGUGUAAGUGUCAGAUGUAGUGCUUUUGCCUAUCCUGGGGUGGAAUUCUGCAAUUCUGUCCUCUUAGACUGGACCCUAAGCUACAAUACCCAGUGUAUAUCAAUUGGGCUUACACAGCAAGUCCAUCUGGGUUCGGCACCUGUGGUUCUUCUCUUUGAGAGUCUGUGACCAGACAUGCACAUAGCCUUCUUGAAACCGAAGUAUUAUUUAUUUGAACAAAGCAUUUAGAGAAAAGGAUCUUAAAACACCUUAGGUUUACCAUGCCCCAAUGGUAAGUUAAGCAGACCUAACUCCUUCAUACAUCCCCAGUGGGUGCCUGUGUUUUAAUGUGGCCCCUCCUGAACAGCUCCCCCUCCUCUUGAGAGACUCUUUUUAAACUGCUAUCAUCCUUUUGAUCUUCUGGUUCCCAAGCCUUUUGCUGCAAUGACAUUGUCUCUUUACAACCCUCAAGUGUUUGUGCAGAGCUGGUUUGUCUUGCAACAUUCUGUUUCCUUCCUCUUUGAUUUCCUUAUAUACUAUACUAUUAUUGCUGUUAUACUAAACCAGUAUGUUCAUAGUAUAAACAUUGCAAUAACCAGGUCAACAUAUCAUACUCAAAUUAUUACAGAGCAGCUCCACUGCCAUCACACUAAGAUCCUCAGGAAUGAUGGAGUUUUCAGUAACUGGAAUAAGAUUACUUUGAGCUGGAGACAGACAUUUCAGUGGUUGGCCCCGACUAUCGAACUCCCUUCCACCAAAGAAAUUAUCUAUUACAAUAUGGACACCAGUAAAAAGACAGAACCCCCUGUGUCUGUAGAAAUGGUACAACAAAGGGCGAACCCUGAUCACACUCCAGGAUCAAUUUAUGUUCCAGAACAAGGCGGUUACAAAGAGAAAUUUGUAAACACAGUGGAGGACAAAUAUAAAUGUGAAAAGUGUCAUCUCAUAUUGUGCAAUCCUAAACAGACGGAAUGUGGCCACAGAUUCUGUGAAACCUGCAUUAAUGCAUUGUUAAGUUCUUCUAAUCCAAAAUGUACAGCGUGUCAAGAGAACAUAGUUAAAGAUAAGGUAUUUAAGGAUAACUGCUGUAGGAGAGAGCUUCUUGCCCUUCAGAUAUAUUGCAGAAAUGAAAACAAAGGCUGCAAUGAACUACUAACACUGGCACAAUUACUGAUGCAUUUGAGAAAUGACUGUCAGUUCGAAGAACUUUCAUGCCACCGUGCUGAUUGCAGAGAGAAAAUAUUGCGGAAGGACUUGCCAGACCAUGUAGAAAAGACCUGUAAAUAUCGGGAAACUACAUGUAAAUACUGUAAAAGCCAAGUCCCAAUGAUUACAUUACAGAAACAUGAAGAUACAGACUGCCCCUCUGUCGCGGUUUCAUGUCCUCAUAAAUGCAGUGUUACAUCACUCUUGAGGAGUGAGUUGAAUGCACAUUUGUCAGAAUGUAUUAAUGCCCCAAGUACCUGUAGUUUUAAGCGUUAUGGCUGCACUUUUCAGGGAACAAAUCAGCAAAUUAAAGCACAUGAAGCCAGCUCAGCAGUGCAGCAUGUAAAUUUAUUGAAAGAAUGGAGUAAUUCUCUAGAAAAUAAGGUGGCCAUGCUCCAGAAUGAAAGUUUGGAAAAGAACAAGAGUAUACAAACUUUACAUAAUCAGAUUUGUAGCUUUGAAAUAGAAAUUGAAAGACAGAAGGAAAUGCUGCGGAAUAAUGAAUCUAAAAUACAUCAUUUACAGCGAGUGAUAGACAAUCAAGCAGAGAAAUUGAAAGAACUGGACAAAGAGAUCCGCCCAUUCCGACAGAAUUGGGAGGAGGCAGACAUCAUGAAGAGCAGUGUGGAGUCCCUUCAGAAUAGAGUGAGUGAACUGGAAAGCGUUGAUAAAACUGCAGGACAAGGAGCUCGAAGUACAGCCAUACUAGAGACACAGCUAAGUAGACACGAUCAAAUGCUGAGUGUUCAUGAUAUUCGGUUGGCUGACAUGGACCUCCGAUUCCAGGUGUUAGAAACUGCCAGUUACAAUGGAGUAUUAAUUUGGAAAAUUCGAGAUUAUAAACGUCGGAAACAAGAGGCCGUCAUGGGGAAGACUCUGUCAUUGUACAGCCAGCCUUUCUAUACUGGAUACUUUGGCUAUAAGAUGUGUGCCAGAGUUUACCUUAAUGGAGAUGGCAUGGGAAAAGGGACGCACUUGUCAUUGUUUUUCGUCAUAAUGCGUGGAGAAUAUGAUGCCUUACUUCCUUGGCCAUUUAAACAGAAAGUGACUCUGAUGCUAAUGGAUCAGGGAGCUUCUCGACGUCACUUAGGAGAUGCUUUCAAGCCAGAUCCAAACAGCAGUAGUUUCAAGAAGCCUACUGGAGAAAUGAACAUUGCAUCUGGCUGCCCAGUCUUUGUGGCUCAAACAGUUCUAGAAAAUGGAACGUAUAUUAAAGAUGAUACUAUUUUUAUUAAAGUCAUAGUGGAUACUUCGGAUCUACCAGACCCCUGACAUAUAAAUGGGGAGGCAGUUAAACAGAAGACAACUCCAUUUGGGGGUUUUCUAUCAGUUUGUCUUCAAUCAGAGGUCCUAAAGCACAAAGGACCACCUUGUGGAACAGAAGGAAGAGUUUGAAGGCAUAACUUCAUCGGGUCCAAUGGCGAAAGUAGCAACACAUUAAGAAAUCAUACCAUGGUAUAUUUUCUAAUAGAACUAGUAACACUUAAACUCUGAAGAAUUAUUUAUCCCUCAUGAGGAUAAUGAUUACAGUCAGAGAGGCUUUUUUAUUUAACUUAUUAAUCUAGUCAAUUGGAGGUGAAAAGACAUGUAAAGUAUGUGCUGAAUAAAUUACCUGACUUUUCUUCUUUUAGACUAGAAUACAAAAAAGUUCACAUGUGGGUUAGCUGGAAACUGUCAGCAUGUUAAGUAAAAGAAGAAAUGAUGAAGUAAUGUUGCAACUAUGAUAUAAUUAUUUUGAAAAACUAAGUGCAAUCGUGUCUGAAAUAUAGUAUAUUGUCUUUUUAAGGCCUCAUCUGGUCUCUGUUUUAAUAAUUACUUUGUCAGAAGACCUUGAAAAAUAUCCAGGUCUUCUUGAAAGUAUCUAAAUCAGAAUCAUAUUUUUAUUUAAAGUUCUAUUAAUAAUUGUUACAGAAAACAUUUUAUUUUAAAGCCGUUGAUAGACUGAUAUUUCUUGGAAGAAAAAUAGAAGAUAUCAAACACUGGUUAUCACUUGUGAUAAAAAAAGAAAUUAUUCAACUAUUGAUGUUAUUUCUCUUUAGAAAUGUAAACCUACAAUAUAUGUCGUAGUUAAUGACACUAUUUCAAAAUUAAGGAAAAAUCACUCAUGGAUGCUGUGCAUCAUUAUCAGAUUUAUAAUUGUUUUCACCCUAAAAUAGGGCAUUUGUUGAACUUUGGAGUUCUAAACGGAAUCCUGUACGCUUUUAAAGUUCUGCCUCAUGCUUUCCAAUCAAGCUAUAUAUAUUGCUGACAGCAUAAAUGUGCAACACCUAAUAUUUUCAGUGUGGGGAAAGAGGAUUAGUGCUGAAAAACAGCCAGUCAUGAUCCUCUAAGUUCAUUCUAUACUAGCGAUCAUUGCAUCUUAUUAAGGGUAUAUGAUCAGAAAGCAAUGGAAAGAUGAUGGUGGCUUGCAUGCAUACAUGUGCCUUAAAUGUGAUGUGCUGCUUAUAAACCAUAGCUUGGUAUUUAGAUUAAUUAUAAUACCCGAAAUGGUAGUUUUAACUGGACUUGAGGCAAAAUGUGUAGCCUUGUCUUCAGAGCCCUUAGAUAAUUUGCAACAUGCAGAAUAGAAGCCAAAGUCCAGGUUUGGCUGCGAGAGCUUCUGUGGAAUCCAUCAUGUUCAAGUGCCAAAUUUGUAUGCACACUGCUCCUAUGGAGCUUGGACUUCGACAGUGCCCCUACGCUAACAUGAAGGAAGAUGUCGUGCUUCCUCCCAAUCCUGUGCAUGGAAGGUGGCAGCACUUUACAUUGACUAAUCUGAGAAUUCUGAGUGGCUAUUAAUGUAUACGCUCAAUGCCCGGAUUUCUUUGUUAUAACUGCCUGAACUUAAGCAGCAAGCAUUUCCCAGCCCUGAAACGUGCUGAUUGCAACCCACUGUGUUUAUCUACUUCUGCUUGUUAGUCUGGAAAUAGAAAGUCCAAUGGCAUAACUUAAUUAUAUACCAGCCAUCUGGGUGCUACUUUAAAAUCUGAGUGCUGCUUAGAGCUAAUGGGAGAAGCUAAUUAGUACACCUUUGUGCACAUGAGAGGGAAUUGUGCCGGUCGUCUUGACAGUCAGGGUUGUACCCAUUCCGUUUUCCACUUUUGGGGGCGUAGCCACGAUAUUUACUUAGGGCUUAGUUGAAUUCAUGCCUUUAUAGUUCAGCUUGUCUCUGUUGCCAUUGUCUUUUAUGGCUGUGCCUUCACAAACUGUGCCUGCAAGAAGUACUUUCCUGUUACAAAUGUACAGUGCAUGCUAAGUUGUCUUCAUGGGUUUUCCAGGCACCUGCUAGAAUACUGCCUGCUUCUUGGCAUCCAAAACAUUCCACAACAAUCAGUCUUCCUGUUCUUGCCUUCCACUGUCUAGGUACUAUAUUCCUUUUAUGGUACAUAGGUGACAACAGGUGCAAGCUAUUGUGCUAAUGUUUCACUUUUGGCACAGAAGGAGGACUUCCUGCAGAAGAUCUAUAUGGCACUUGCAGUUUUAUGCAGGCAGCCUAAGUAAACCCAUCACUUAUGCUUUAGAGCAAAGGUUCACUCAACUUGCAUACCAUUCUAAUAGUCAUGAAUGUAGGCAGCUGAGCUUUUGUGUAUGUGCAUCACAGAAUUUUACUGAAAACAGGAUUCCCAAGUGGAAAUGUCCAAAGGGCUCUGCUCCCAUUGCUAAUAUAUGUAUUGUGAAAUUUAAAUGAAAAUGUAUGGUCACAUAAGAACAGUUUCUAUCCUGUUUGAAUCUGGGACUGAUUUAGGUGAGAGUUGUAUUAUAAUCAGGCCCCUUGUGUGUUUUGCAAUUUUGUAGAUGCAGGCUACAAGUCUUGCAGCAGAAUUAUGCUCCUGAAUUCAAGCUCUUAAACAAAAAAUGAAACCGGAACAAGUGUAAAUUUAGUGUAGUCUUCUUGAGUCUGCAUACAGCUUAAUAAUAGUUCUGGGAUGUCUGAAUCACCAGUUCAUC